AUGUCUUCUCAAACGACCCACACUGCUCAACCUACAGAAACAAGAGGUAUUCGGAUAUUUGUACGUUCCGCAUAUCCAACUAAAUACAAUUUUGCUGUCGAAAAUUAUAAUGCUGUAUCUGUUGUUCACAAAGCAACUAUGCGUGGUGGUCGUUUACUUUUAUUUCGAUCGAUAGUAGCUGUAGUUUGGAUUAUAGCAAUGGUGUUUGCAAUUCUUGCUCUCAUAAGUGCAGGUUUUGUCACUAUGACUAUAUUACUUAGUGCGCUUUACUUGGCAUUAACAAUUUAUAAUGCAUACGUAUUCUUUAAUAAUCGUGAUCUUUUAAGAGCAACACGUUUAUUACGAGCUAAAACUGCCGGUCCGGAUGGUCGUGAUUUUGAAUGGGUAAACGUACCAAUUGAUUCACGUAGUGCAAAUGAAAGAUUAGCUGCUGUUGAACAAUCUGCCUUAGACAGUGUACGAAAAGAAUUUGUUGGAAGUAAUAAAAGUGAAAUUGAAUGUAUGGUUUAUACAAAACGUUAUGCUGAUACAUAUCCUAUAUUUCCUAAAGAACUUCUUCUACAUUUCAUUGCAUUUUCGGGAGCUGUUAUAAUUGGUAUUAUAAUGGCAGCACUUUAA